AUGUCAACCGCCUCAAGACUGUCCUCGAUCAUGACGUCCAUGACUUUCAUCAUCACCUAUCUCUGCGCUUUCCUGAUACCCGUACUCGCUUCUCCAUUCCAGUUAAACACAUCCUCAAUUCCCAUCAUAACAACCUACACCGCCCUAGGCGACUCCUAUGCCACCGGCAACGGGGCCGGCACCCAUGGUCACUCGCUCUGCAGCCCUUUUUCAGAUGCCUAUCCCGUUCAGCUCGCCAAAGCCAUUGGCCCAGUUCUCUUUCAAAGCGCGGCCUGCAGUGGAGCUACCACUGGCAGCGUGUUCUGGCAUCAGCUCGACUCGAUUGGGGAUAGUGACCUCGUGACGCUGACUGUUGGUGGGAAUGAAGUGGAUUUCUUUGGCGUCCUGAACGAAUGCGUGUAUCAAUGGCGGCCUCUGGGGACAUGUGAGUGUGAGUUGCGGAAGAGUAGGAGAUUGAUCGAGAGCAGGAGGUUCGUUGACAGUUAUGCCAGGAUGGUUAGACUGGCCAAGCAGAGAAUGAAGCCGAGCGGCAGGCUUUUGGUAACCGGUUAUGCAACUUUCUUCAACGAGGAGACUACGGCAUGCGAUGGUGUUACUUUCAGUAUACGAAAUCCAGAGCAAUUCUUGACUCGCCAACUCAGAAGGGACCUGAACCAUCUUGUCAGGAUGCUGAAUCAUGUCAUUCGCUCCGCCGCCGAGACUGCUGGAGCCGAGUACGUGGAUAUGGAUGAGAUGUUCGAGGGUCAUCGCUUCUGUGAAGAUGGGGUCAGCGAGCCGGAUGACAUGAGAUCGGAUACAUGGUUCUUCAACCUGGACUAUGGUAGUGGCAAUGAAAGAGUCGCAGAAGAAGUCCAUCGUGCUCACUCACAGGAGGUAUUCCUGGGCGGGUUGGGAAAGUGGUACAUGGGUGUGGCGAGAGUCUUUCACCCAACGAAGGAAGGGCACGGAGGGAUCCGGGAUGCAGUUGUGAAGCAGCUGCGUAAUGGGUGA